UUUGUUGACUAAUGACCUUAAUUUUAUCCCUCCUAUGCAUCCUCCAGAGGAAGUUUGUCCUUAGUCCCUACAAAAUUAUAUACAGUCAGUCUAACUUUGGUUACAGUAUAGAGAGGAUCUUGAAUUAUUUUCAAUUUCAUACACCAAUUUCCCAAAUAAUCUAACUUAAAGUGUAUUUAUUUAACUAUCUAUAGUCUUCAGUGAGUGAUAUUAGAAAUUUUUUACAUCGAAAGAACAGAUAUUAUGGAAGAUACUAGAGACCAUCGAUUUUCUGCUAGUGAGAGAUCCAGACAGGAUCACAGUGGAUCAAAUGAGAGAGUGCCUAGAGGCAGUGAUGAGUCGGAUCAACGCUUGAUGGGUCCCUGCGCACCUGAUUUGCCGUCAAAUUCGACAGGUUUGCCUGAAGAAUCCGGGGAGAUAGAGGAAGAAAUAAGACCAUCUUCGCCGCCAUUGGAACAGCCAGUUGUGGUGGAAAUAGUUAACCCGCGGUGCGGCUUUAGAGGAAGAAGGAAUAGGAGAAGACGAAGGAACAUGUUUGCAGGGCAGAUUGAUUUUGCUGAGGCCGAGAUUGUAAAUGGUGGAUCGGCAAGUUCAGACGAGUCGGGAAUUGAUGAGGUCCCAGUGUUUGACGACCGCUUCAUUAAUGACCCAAUCGAUUCCGAUGAUGAAUAUGUGAUGCAUGAUGAAGGAGUAGGCUUCGACGAUGCGGAUCUGUAAUCUUCCCUAUGAUCGUCGUUAAUAUUUUUACUCUUUUUAUAAUAUUAUUAUUUAUUUAUUUUUUAACGUCCCUGGCGAUUUUACAAUAUAAAUGACAAGUGUAAAUUAUUAUUAUUAUAAUCACCAUUAUUAUUAUUAUUGUGUGCAUUAUUAUUAUUAAAACUAAUAAUUAUAUUUGACUAUUAAUAAAUAUAACCUUAUAUAUAUAUAUA